AUGCGUCUCAGUCUUUUAGUUUCAGAUUUCAAUUCCCAUUUCCCUAAACCCUAGAAUUAAACCCAACGCACCCCAUCCCACCCCACCCACGACGGAGGACGGUGGUCACAACAACCGCCAAACAGUACCUACUUUCCGGCAUCUCUCCAGUAUCCACCCCUCACUAGAGUCCCGUCCUCACUCCUCACCUGGAGUUCGCCGCGGAAUCGUCACCGUCAGGCUAAUGAUUUGCAAUGGACUCUUGCAUCAAUUCCAUUAAUAAAAACAUUGCAACUUUUACUCUCAUUUAUCUUUUGUUAUGUUUUCAUCCUUUUAUUCAAUACUAUUUUUGUAUUUUUAUUUUCUGCUUUAAUAUUUUUUUUCUUUUCUUGUUAUCCAAUUCAUCAUUCAUAUUUUGAUUUGUUUUAAUAUUGAUGUUUCUUUUCUUGUUAUUCAAUUGUGCUUGUGCAUGUCAUUUGAGGAAUGAAAAAAAUUUUACUAUUUAUUUUACAACGAAAUUCUACUGAAAUUUCUGCAACAUUUUAUCCAUAUGUUGGUGCCCCAGGAAGUUGGAACCCUAGAUCCGUCCCUGCGGCUACAAGAUAGAUACAGAUAAUUGAGGACACUAUAAAAGCAAACAUUUGUCAAUCGCGUUCUACAUAGGUUAUGAAUUAAUUUGUGAAUUCUAGGGUUUAAGCAGUAAUUGCCAACUAGAAAAGCAAAACCAUAAACUUGUUUUUGCUAUCAUCCAAUUUUAAUUCCUUCUUUGCACCAAAAUCUUCUCAGAAACAUGAAAUCAAAAGAUAAGAAAGUCAGCAGAACCAACAUCGGAAUUGGCAAGGAUAAGGAGAUGACUGUAACUGAUGAUCCUAGGUUUUCAAAGGUUCUUACUGAUCCGAGAUUCAAGAAAGUUCCAAAACGAGUCUCCAAGGUUUCAAUCGAUUCUCGAUUUAAUGAAGUGUUUACCGAUAAGCGUUUUGCGACUUCUUCGGCGAAGGUUGAUAAGCGAGGAAAACUUACAAAUAAAACCGAUAAUGCUUUACAAAUGUAUUAUCACAAGGAGGAUGAAGAAGAUGAAGUGAAGACAAAGAAGAAGAAGAAGAAGAGUAAGGAUGAUUUGAGUUUGUCGGAUCCCGAGUCGAGCAGUGAAUCGGGCGAGUUGAAGUCGGAGAGUGAUGACGACUCGGAUUCUACGACCGAUGAUGAGGUGGAUGAUGCUGAUAUGAUGGCUGAUGAUGAUUCUGAUGUUUCUGAGGAGGUGGAGAAUGUACCAGUAAUUGAUAAAGAAACACAUAGAUUGGCUGUUGUUAACAUGGACUGGAAUCAAGUUAAGGCUGUUGAUCUAUUUAUGAUGUUGAGAUCAUUUCUUCCAAAAGGUGGGCAAAUUAAGUCUGUGGCAGUAUAUCCCUCUGAAUUUGGACUGAAACGUAUGGAAGAGGAAGCACUUCGUGGUCCGGUUGCAUUGUUGGAAGGCGAGAAGAAAAAGAAGGAUUGUGUUGAUGUAGAAGAGAAAGAUGACGCUGACGAAAACGACAAGAAGAUGGAUGAUGAUGAUGAUGAUGACGACGACGAUGAGGAUGAUGGUGAUGAUGAUGAUGAUGACGACGACGACGAUGAGGAUGAUGACAAUGACGAUGACGAGGAGUUAGAUAGUAGUGAAGAAGAAGACAACGAUGAAAUAGAUAUUGCAAAACUUCGUGCUUAUGAAAGAAGUAAGCUUAGGUAUUAUUAUGCUGUGGUAGAGUGCGACUCUAUUGCUACUGCAGAUUACCUUUACAAAGCUUGUGAUGGAGUUGAGUUUGAAAGAUCAUCAAAUGUUUUGGACCUGAGAUUUAUACCCGAUUCCAUGAAAUUUCCACAUCCACCACGGGAUGUUGCUAAUGAGGCACCAUCUGAUUACGAGGGUUUAGACUUUCAAACACGGGCAUUGCAGCAGAGCAAUGUAACCCUUUCUUGGGAUGAUGAUGAGCCCCAUCGUGUGAAGACAUUGAGGCGGAACUUUAAUGAAAAACAGCUAGCUGAAUUGGAAUUGAAAGAGUUUUUGGCUUCCGAUGAGAGUGAGAGUGAGAGUGAUGAGGACGAGAGUGGUGAUGAUAGUGAUGGUGAUAACGGUGAGGGUGAGGAGGAGGAUCAAGAUCACGGAAAUAAGAAGGCAAAGAAAUCAAAAGUUAAGGCCAAGAAGGCAGAGAUGUAUCGUGCCUUGUUACAGUCCGGAAACGAUUCAGAGGAGGAUGAAGAUGAAGGCCAAGAUAUGGAGGUCACGUUCAACUCUGGUCUCGAAGAUAUUAGUAAGAAGAUUCUUGAAAAGAAGGAUAAAGGGUCGGAAACUGUUUGGGAGGCUUAUCUUAGAAAAAAGAAAGAGAAAAAGAAGGCUAGAAAGUUCAGGUCAAAGAAUUCAUCGGAUGAUGAGAGUGACGAGAGUGAUCAAGAGCCUUUAGAUCAAUCCGAUGACUUUUUUGAGGACGAGCCUUCCGCCAAAAGCAAGAAGGCUACUCGCAUUAAGAAAAUGAGAGAGGAAAAGAGACCUUUGGAAGAUGAAGCAAGAGUAGCAACCGCCGCAGAGCUUGAGCUAUUACUUGCGGAUGAAAAGGGAGCAGAAAAUAAUUUGAAGGGUUACAAAAUUAAGAUGACAAAGGUAAAAGGGAAGAAAGAUAAAGAAGCCAUUGAUGAAGAAAAGUUACCUACAAUUGAUUAUGACGAUCCUCGUUUCUCGGCUCUUUUCAGUAAUCCUGGUUUUGCUCUGGAUCCAACAGAUCCUCAGUUUAAAAGGAGUGCAACUUAUUUCCGUCAAUUAGCUCAACGACAUGAAAAUAAUAGAAAUGGGGAUGCAGAAAAAGUGCCGGAGGAACCAUCUAAACCGAUCAUAAAUAACUCCAUUAUAGACGAUGAAAAUCCUCAAGUGAAAUCACGAAAAGAGAAAUUUGAGCUAUCCUCGAUUGUGAAAGGCAUCAAGUUGAAGUCACAAUUGCUUCCUAAGCCAAUUAGCAGUAAAACAAAAACCGAUAAGAUGAAACAUGGAUCAAGUGUGAACGGGAAGAAACAUAAGCUUGAAAUGUUAGAUCGGAAGAUAGUGAAAAAGAGCAAAGCUUCGAAGAGCGAAUGAGAAUUUCCUUCGAUUUUUUUUUGCUUAUGUUUUUUUUACUAAAAAAAAAUUUUGUUUUUGUAUUAUUGUAUUUCGGAAACCCCAAUAUUUAGUCAUGUUCGAGCCUAAGAUUCGGGUUUUAACUAGUUAACUAAGUUACUAUACUAAUACUACAAGAUACUGUAGUAUUAUUGUUAUUUUUAAUCAAUUUAGUACUUCAUAAUAUUACUUGAUUUCU